AUUGGUAACAAUUUGUGUGUUUUAGUUCAUUUUUUUCCAGUAAUUGCAAUAAUAGUAAGGCCUAUUAAUUUUCAUUCAAUACUAGGAAAAAGGAGUUACAAAAUUUCGGAAUUGUAGCUGUACUUUGAAUUAACCUAAAAUGGAGUCACAAACCGGUGGGGUAAAACCCAUGCCAAUUGCUGGCCGCUUGGUUCGUGAACGAGAACGUCUACUGGGUAUGACAGAUGAAGAGCGAGCGUGGCGAGCUCAGUGGUUAAAGGAUCAGCAUCUUGCUCCAGAUGAACCUGUUUAUAAUCCGGAAUAUUACAAACAACGUUACAAUCCUAUUAGAAGAUUUUAUCGGGCACCCCUAGACAAACUUGAAAAUGCUUUAUUACCAAAGUAUGGUCCAGACGUUGCUUAUUUCUGCCGACACCUGAUCAGCAAAACAUUUUUUGGAGUUUUAUUCGUAUACUCCGCUGUAUAUUAUUUUAAAUACAAUCAAGGUAAUUGGACAACUAAAAGUGGAUGGAGACUCAGUAAGUCCAGACCUGUUGUUCUGCCAGAUUUUCCAGGAUAUCCUAAUUAUCCAACUAAAUCUGAUCGUCAAUAUGCUUCUCAUGGUUUUGAAAACUCUCCAAUAUAAUUUUUUUCAUCAUUUAUUCUAUAAAUUAAUAGUGUAUUCAGUAAUUAAAAAUUAUUAAUAUAAAAAUUGUUAAAAAUUUAAGUUGUUCUUUCAUUGAUUGUAGUCACUAUUACGCUAUUAUAUUUAUUUAGUAUAAUUAUACAUAAAAUAUUUUAACAUCAA